AUGUUCUUAAUGUCUACUCUCCUCCUAUUAAUUCUACCUACCUCACUCUUCGCCAAAACCAUACCUCGAGCCGACAACGUCGAGAUCCACACGAAGCCUGAUAUAUGCCUUCCGCACGACGGCUUCGGCAGCAGAACAGUCGCUCUCAGCGACCCGCAUGAGAACAAUAUGUUCGACUACGCCGUCGUCACCAAAUACACUACCUAUUACCCCGACAUCCUCAAAAACGCCUUGGCAGUCAAGGGCUUCCAACUUUCCGAUCUGGGGAACGAUCAACUAUGCGGUUGGACAAAAGCUGCAGCCGUGUAUAGCACACUAGGACUGGACUUCCACAGCCACCGCGGCGACAUCUACUGGAAACACAGCGACGCUCACUCGGUUGGCGACUCAAGAGAUUCUGUCGGCCCUUCGAAAAGGUCUGCUGAUAAAGCAGCCCGCCUCCCGUCUUCAAUCGAGGGUAGUGUUGUAGCCAUCAGUAAUAUACUCAUCGUCAACCCACCCGCCGGCGACGUCUACAUGUUCAGCACCAUCAUCCUCGCCUGGACCACGAGUCUCUUCGGCUAUAUCCUCAUCAUGCUGCUGCUCAUGGCCUGCAUCAGAAAAGCCGAUCGAACCACGAACACGUCAAAGGAUAACGAGGUUGACGAGGGCAUCGAGCUCGAAUCCAUCAAAGCACCCGAUACAGAUACCCUGGCGAGAACCGACUCCGCGGCGGGGCCAUUCGAGGACGUCAAAUGGGAAUAUCCCAGCCCUCAGCGUUCUACCGAUACGAAGCGGGCCGAACCGCUGCCUAUGUACUCGCUUUGGGGAUCUCGUCAUGCGGUGGCUUGA